CCUGGUGGCAAACAAACAAAAAGACCACACAACUACCAGAUGGCUUCACUCAUGUGAGGAAUAGAUUCAUUAGGAAAAAAAAAUAUUAAAGGAACAUGCCCAUUAAAAACUUUGUGAGAACUAUGGUGAUUGAGGGGAGUGAGGACAGCACUUUGGAAGGUGCAGUGACUUACACAUGACAUGUAUGGUGGGGAACCAUAUACUUGAAAUCUUAAAGGUUUUUUGAAACCACUGAUAUAAAUCACUUAAGAGUAAAAUGAAUAAGAAGUCGGGUGGUAGCGCAGCAGGUUAAGCGCACAUGGCACGAAGAGCAAAGAUUGGCGUAGGGAUCCCUGGCUCCCCACCUGCAGGGGAGUCACUUCACAGGCAGUGAAGCAGGUCUGCAGGUGUCUUUCUCUCCCCCUCUGUCUUCCCCAUCUCUCUCCAUUUCUCUCUGUCCUAUCUAACAAUGACAGUCACUAACCUCAACAAUAAUAACCACAACAACAAUAAAAAAGAGUAAAAUUAAUAAACAACAACAAACAAAAAACAAAAACAAAACCACCCUGCACUACCUACUGAGGCACCUCCCCAGUUGAAAUCUCUAGAAAUGACAGCAGAAGGGCUUGGUGGUGGCACACCUGGUUGAGUGCACAUAUUGCAAUGUGCAAGGAACCUGGUUCAAGCCCCCAACCCCCACCUGUACAAGGAAGCUUCACAAGAAGUGAAGCAGGGCUGGAGGUGUCUCUCUCUCUCAACCUCCCCCUUUCCUUUCAAUUUCUAUUUGUCCAGUGUACAAAAACAUAAUAAAUAAAUAUUUAAGAAAGAAGAAAUGGUAGCAGGGGCCAGGCAGUGCUGAAUGUGACUGAGCAUGCGUUUCAGUGCACAAAGACACAGACAGGUUCAAGCCCCCUGUCCCCACCUGCGGGGGGCGGGGGGAGUUUCACUAGCAGUGAAGCAGUGCUGCAGGUUCUCUCUGUCUCUUUUCCUCUCGUUCCCCCAUCCUCUCUCAAUUUCUUCCUGUCAUAUUAAGCAAAUAAAGAAAUAAAAGUCUUUAAAUAAAAAUUUUAAAAAAAGAAAUGAUAGAGCUCAUUUCAGAUAAUGUGUUGCUUUGCCACGUGCAGAACUCAUGUUUGAGCCUGGUCCCCACAGCAUUGAAGGCAGCUUCGAUGUUGACAUGCCUGUCUCUCUCUCUCUCUCUCUGUGUUUCUAUCUGAAAAUAAAAUAAAUAAAAAUAAUAAAAUUCUGUUGCCUUGUCCUAAUAAGCCUUUAAUGCCUUCAGUGUAUAUUACAGAGGAAGCAGAGAGGAAGUUGACCCUCAGAGAUGGGCUUUUAUCUAAGUGAGCCCGCUAAGACAGAGCACCAGUGCUAUCUCUCUAGGGAAAGUGAUUUUUGUAGAGUUUAGGCAGAAGCCACCAUCUUUCUUACCCUCCUCUCCAGAGUGUGAGCCCCUCCUCAGCCAUGACCAGCUACUCUAAGGGGAGGAUAACCAAGACUCUUCUGUCCUGUAGAGCAGAGUUUCUUAUACUUUUGAUGGCUGAGUGCCAUAAAAAUACUCUAUACCACAAACCUGAAGUCACAUGGACACAAACCCCAAAGUUUCACAAAACAAUACUUAGACUAUUGUGUGUGUGUGUUUGGCUCUCUGUGUCCGGCCCUCCCCCUCCUUUUACAGGUUAUAGUUUCAUCUCUACGCUCUACAAGGUAAGAUAUUGCCUAUGCUGAUUUUUCUCAGGGCAAAGUCUAAGCAGGGCUUUGCACUAAUCUCCUGCCCUUCGUGGACUUUUUUCAUGGCUGGACCGUGUGGCUACUUCCCUAAUAAGGGGCAGAUAAAGGGAUGAGGAGACAGCUGGAGGCAUGAGACCGGAAGUUGGGGAGUUCCAAGAUCAUGGCCCCGCCCUAGCUCAGGACUGCUCAUGAGGGCAGUUAAUCUUAUGGCAAGGGGACGUCACUAUUUCACUAGCUGUUGCAGCCUGUGUUGUUUGCUCCCUUUUGAGCUGUUCAGAAGCCCUGAGAAUGAUGUAUAAACCCUGAGGGGAGAUCCUGCUCCUCUAGACAAAAGAAUGUGGCUUACUUAUGGGAAGCACUGGGGGCAGAGUUUGUGUGGGUGGAAGUGGUUUCCAGGGAUGGACAAGAAAAGGGAGGGUGUGGGACAGACUGUCAAGGCAUCCUGAGACCUCCAGUCCUUCCCAUGUGACCAGCUCUUUUAAAAAAGAAAGAAAUAGGUAGUUGCAAGAUAGUUCCCCUUCCAGUGAGAUUCAUUGUAGCAGACUCAGAGAAUGCCUACUAGGCACCCGGCACUGAUUAGAGAACACUGAGAGGAAGGUCUUGACAUUCUCACAAGAAGUUUACAGUAAAACUGGCAAAGUCAGUUAAGUCUCAGUACAGGAAGACAGGAGUAAUACAAAAUGAGAAACACUCUUGGUGGGGAGUUGGCCCCCAUACAGACUUGCUAGAGAAUGACUCUUGUGGACUUGAUCAGGAAUGCACAUUGCUCUCACAAAAAAGAAACUCCAUGGAUCAAGUGCAUGAGGCCAGUCUGCCACCAGAGUGAAUGAAAGAUGCCAGUAGGGAAAAAUUCUUACGUGCCAGUGACCUCAGCCUACAGUGUGCUUCACACUUUCGUAACCUCAGAGGCAAUGGAGCUAGAAGAAAGCAUUGUGUGAGAGAAGAAGCAGCUCCUUUUGCAUUGCCUGUGACCAACAGGUAUUAAGAUGGACAGCUUUUCUCUGAAAGACAGUGCUCUGCUGUCUCAAGAAGGCAGUGCCUAUUUAAACCUGGUCUUGACUAAGAAUUGAGCCGAACGGAUGUCAGAAUGUUUCUGAGUGUCAGAAGGGUAAAAAAAUGGCAGUUUGCCCAGUUAUCUGCCAUUUGCUUUAUAAUGAGCCUCAUGUUUUUUUGGGAACCGAUCGAUAAUCACAUUGUGAGCCACAUGAAGUCCUACUCAUACAGAUACCUCAUAAACAGCUAUGACUUUGUGAACGAUACCCUCUCUCUUAAGCGCCGAACUCAUGAGGCUGCUCGAUACCCAUACUUGAUUAACCACGAGGAGAAGUGCCAAGCACAAGACGUGCUCCUUUUGCUGUUUGUAAAGACGGCUCCUGAGAACUACCACCGCCGCUCUGCAAUCAGAAAAACAUGGGGCAACGAGCGCUAUGCCCGCUUUCAGCUGAAUGCCAACAUUAAGACUCUGUUUGCCUUAGGAACGUUUUCAGACCCAUGGAAGAGGGAUGCCCUGCAAAGAAAACUCGCUUGGGAAGAUCAAAUGUACAGUGACAUCAUUCAGCAAGACUUUGUGGAUUCUUUCUACAAUCUCACUCUUAAAUUACUUCUGCAGUUUAGCUGGGCAAAUAGCUUUUGUCCACAUGCCAAAUUCCUGAUGACUGCAGAUGAUGACAUAUUUGUCCACAUGCCAAAUCUCAUUGAAUACCUUCAAAGUCUAGCCCAGAUGGGUGUCCAGGACUUCUGGAUUGGCCGUGUUCACCGUGGUUCCCCUCCCAUUAGAAACAAAGGUAGCAAGUACUAUGUCUCCUAUGAAAUGUACCAGUGGCCAGCUUACCCUGACUACACAGCAGGCGCUGCCUAUGUGAUUUCCAAUGACGUAGCCACCAAAGUCUAUGAGGCAUCACAGACACUCAACUCUAGCCUGUACAUAGAUGACGUGUUCAUGGGCCUCUGUGCCAAUAAAAUGGGGAUAUUGCCACAGACCCAUGUGUUCUUCUCUGGGGAAGGCCAAGCUCCUUACCAUCCCUGCAUCUAUGAAAAGAUGAUGACGUCUCAUGGACAUGUCCAAGACCUGCAGGACCUUUGGAAGGCUGCCACAGACCCUAAAGUGAAGGAGGUUUCCAGAGGUUUCUUUGGUCAGAUAUACUGCAGGAUAAUUAAGAUAUUACUCCUUUGCAGACUCAGCUAUGUGGACACGUAUCCCUGCAGGGCUGCCUUUGUCUAGAAGUACUUGAAUGUUCUAUGUUUUCACUGUCAUUGAGCCAAAUCUGGAUGAAAAAUCUUUCAAUGCAUUGCCUACUCCCAAUUUGAAGUGAACGUGAAACAUGAAAGAAAUUUUUUUGGUGGUCCACUCUAUCGGAAUGUUUCUUUGAUUCUAGAAGCUGUUCAGUAUAACUUAACCUAGUUCAUUGCCUAAAUUCAUUUCAAGGAAUUUAUAUUUAGAAGAGAAGAAUGAAGACAAACCUUAAGGGAGAUUGAUGUUCUCAGGCAAGGCCCCGUGUAUAUUGGAAGCAUAGUGAUGCUAUUAAAGCGUGUUGGUAUUAGAGCAACUUUUUGGAAAAUAUCAAAUGAGUGUAUAGUUCAUUUCAUACAAAGGAAUAUCUUUAGACCAGGUUUACAAGUUUAUUUUUAAUUAUUAAGCACUUGAUGUAGAAGACAGAGGCAGAGAAGACUUCCAUAGGUGAAAGUCUUGUUCUUAAGAGACUUAAAAAAAUUACACCAUUUCUUUGCAAAUAACCAAAUUCCAUUAUUGUCAUAUCAUGUAGUUCUUUUACCCAAAUAGUAUUGGAGUCAUUUUAAAAAAUGUAUACAUAUGUAUUUCUUCAAAGUUUAAUGUGAAAUUCAAGAAGUCACUAGCUCUGCGCUAGCUGGUGUUUUAUGUGGUGUUUAAUGAGUACUAGGAAAUAACGCGAAGCAAGGGCAGUUUGCUACUUUUAUAGGCUCCCUCUGUAAAGAGAAAUCACUGUAAAAUCAAAUAAGCUGAUUUUAACAGUUUGUUUGAAGGUGUUUUUGUGUGGUUUACAUAGAGGAAUAGACAGAGAAACUAAAAGAAAAGACAGAACAUUAAAAGGCUCUGUUCUCCAUUUAUAGAAUACAAUCAAUCUCUAGUGCUUAAGUCAUUACUAUCAUUACUAAAACUAACCCAUCCUUCCCCAACAAGGUCUCAUAAAUCACAACACCUUGUUCCACAUUCAGAUUUUAAAACUGAAACUGUAAAACAUCAAAGUCAUAUCUAAAAAAAUAAAUCCAUUUCAACAAAAUAGCUAUCAGAGGUAAAACAGAUAUUCCAAACUUACAAAGAGAAUAAAAGUGAUAAAAAAAGAAGUCACCAUUUUAAUCAAAAAGAUGUGCCUGAUAUUAAGGCAGUUGGUUGCAUUUUUUUUUCAAAGGUGGGUCAAAAUUUAACCAUCAUGCAAUCAACUUCCCCUCACUACAGAAAGAAAUAGAUGAUAUCUGCUGCCAGGAAGGUGGAGGGAGUUAGAUGGGGCCAAAUCAGUGACUUCUGCAAAAGCAGCUGAACUGACUAUUAGAACUUUGUCUGCAAAGCUGCCUGUUAGGGGAAACUAAGAUGCUUCAUCAAAUACAUCUAAACCAUGUAAACUGAAAAAACUGAAAACGAAUUCACUAGAUCCACCAGGAAGAUAAGACCCAUAUAUCUAUAUACCUUUUUUUUCUUUUUUCCCCAGAGCACUGCUUAGCUCUAGUUAUGGUGGUUAUAACUAGGGGAUUGGAGCCUCAGGCAUGAAAGUCUUUUUGCAUAGCCAUUAUGCUAUUUCCCCUGACCCUACAUACUUUUUUUUUUUUUGCAGGUAGCUUUUUAAUGUUUACAGGUUUUCUCUUCUAUUUUGAAAAUUGAAGCUUGUUUACAUUGACUGCUCAGAUAAUUUAGAAUCUUUAACUAGUGAUAAUACUACAGUGUCAAACACUCUACACAGUUCCUUCCAGAGUUGGUUCAGGGUCUUUAGAUCAUUUUCCCUAAUAUUUUCUGACCAAUUUUUAAAACUGUAAAGAACAAAAGCAUGUUUUGACAAACCAGGUUUAUAAUUAAUUUUGUUAGUUGAUUAUUUAAUAACUGCUAGCUCUUGAGUAUGCAUGCCCUAUACAUAUAUAUUUGUAACUUUUUUUUUUUUGUAACUUUUAAUUGGCCAUUGUUUGCAAACUUCAGUGUCUCUGACCAUGGAAAUAAUCUUGUUUACAACAGUAUUUUUUGUGAAGUAACUAUUUAUUUAGGAACAUGUUCUUUGACUGUGUUCCUUUUUUUUUUUUUUUUUUGCUUAGACUACACUGGGACAGGGUUAAAUUUCAAGUAUGAAAGCACUUCCUUUUUUAAUAGGAUGGGAAUUGCUAGAUGCUUCCUUUAUCAGAGCUAAGUACUCAAGAGAGUGCUUGUAACUAGAGGAGUGCAACCUUUUACAAAGGAAGGAUGAAACUUUCUGGUGCUCCAGUGCAGGGUGUCUUAAACCAUUAACAGAAGAGGGGGCCGGGUGGUGGUACAUCUGGUUGAGUGCACAUGUUAAAGCCAUUAACAAAGCGGGGGGAAACUAGUAGCCUGGAAGGCCACUUGGCAUAGAGAAUAUGGUGGCGCAGUGUUAUUGCUAAAACCUUUUACCUCUUGGUUGGCAUGCAUCUUUUUUCCAUAUUAUUAAUUUUAUAUCAAAUGUUAAAUAUUUAUAUGAUUUGAAUUUUGCUCUUGUAUGGCAAAAUAAUUAGUGAGUUUUUAAAAAUAAACCUAUGAUUUCCAAUAAACAACUUUAGUUGUCAGCAA